AUGCUACAUCCGCCCGCUGAAGGCGUAUCAUGGGAGCCAGAGCCGGAGGAAGAAGAAUUCGAGAUCGAGUCUAUUAUCAAACACAAGUUCUUUGGAGGGGAGUGGCACUACUUGGUCAAGUGGGUGAAUUGGCCGCCGGAUAAAGUGAGCUGGUACACGGAGGAGGAUCUGGUGGAUGCGAGGGAUGUGUUGGAUAGAUAUCUCGAGUCCGUGAAAAGGAAGAAGGAAAGGGCGAAAAGUAAGAAGGGGAAGGAGAGGGCGGUUGAAGACGAAGAUGAGGAUGGCGAUGUGGAUGUGAUGGCAUGA